AUGCAGGGUGCACCUCAAAACCGCGAUUUGCCGGACUGGGACGUAUUCUCUGGUCCGUACGACGCGGACACGAAACCACCCAGCUCCCGACGUCCGGAAGCGAGUGCAAGCAUACUACUGUUGCUGCUGCUGCUGCUGAUGCUGCUGCUGCUCGUCCGAUCCGGCGGCCAUCGAGUUGUUAUAGUGGCGUUGCUGUGUUUGCUGAACGUUGGAUGCACACAAACCGGAAAGACCCGACAGCCGAAGCAGCAGCAGACUACCGGGAACCAGGACACUGAAUGUCCUGCUUGUGCUUGCGGUCUCGGUGGUACUGUGGUGGCCGAUGCGCUGGAUGCAACCGAUUCGUACUCGAACACGUUGCGCGUGAUCGGUGGCAAUGCAACCGACACUCAGCCCUACCCGUGGAUGGCGGCCCUCUACGAUAAUGGUAGCUUCUUCUGCGGUGGCACCUUGAUUAACGAUCGCUACAUCCUGACGGCAGCACACUGUGUGGCACGGUUGAAACCGUCUACCUUGCAGGUAUACCUGAACCGACCGAACAUCGCCGAACUGAACAGCGACGCCAUACAGCGGCGAGUGGCCCGGAUCAUCAUGAACCGCUACCAGGCGCUGCGCAACAACAACGACGUGGCACUCCUAUUGCUCCAGCGUCCCGUUCGACCAUCGGCCGGCGGCAUCGGUGUGCCCAUCUGUUUACCGACCUCCGGUACGGACGAUUAUGCGGGGCGCAUGGCGACGGUGACGGGCUGGGGUAAGACCGCCGACGGUGUACUCUCCGAGCGGCUCCAGCAGCUGCCCGUACCCAUCCUCACGAACCAACAGUGCCGGAGAACGGGCUACUAUCGAUUUCAGAUCACCAACAAAAUGCUCUGUGCCGGUUACCUGGAGGGGGGCCGCGAUUCUUGUACGGGGGAUAGCGGUGGGCCACUCCAGCUUGCGGCCGAACCAUCCUCACCGGACAGCAGGCAACAGAUUGUUGGCGUCGUUUCGUGGGGUAACGAGUGUGCGCAGCGCAACUAUCCCGGUGUGUAUGCCCGUGUGACCCGCUUUGCCAGCUGGAUCAAGAGCAACAGCCGUGGUGCCUGCUGGUGCAGCUGA